AUGUAGAAGAAGAAGGAAUGUAAUCAUGUAAUCGCAGAAUGGUACAUUUAAGCAAGUUCCAAGUUCGGCUCUUAGUCACCCGGUAGACAGAAACUUGGCCAGGGAUUAGAUCUAUAUUUCCUAUGGAUAAGAACCGCAUUAUAAUCUAUAGAAGGUCCUGAUAGCACUACCUAGUGCUUUUUAUAUUCAAGAACAUUUACCUGCACAACAUCAUCAUCAUCAUUAUCAUAUUGAGGCAACCGUAGCAAUGACAGCGUGUAUUCAUAAAAAUUACUGCAACUAUAUUUUCUACUGAUACAUUCUGAUCUUCUUAAUAAUGGCUUCAAAACUUAAUGACAGAGCAACAAGAAGGAAUCAUGGCCAACCAAGAAGACCAGAUGAUAAGGCCAAAAAUGAAAGAGAUGUUCCCCUAGAUAUACCAGAACCAGAAAAAUACACACCUGGAAGACAUUCAAAAAACUUUUUAAAAUCACCAAUGGCAAGCCAAGAUACAUUUAAACCAGCUAAACAUGGUCCCUCUAAGGAAACAAAUCCUACUGAGAAAAGUGCAAAGCGUUCUCUUUCAUACAGAAAUAAUACAACUCGUGAGGUAUCUCCAGCUAAGCUAGCUCGACUAACUGUUAUCAAUCAUGAAAAAUGUGUAUCUACAAAUGAUGAAACACCCAAGAGAACACAAAAGAAAGAUGUUAAAAAAGACAGAGAACAAGUCGCAGAUAUGGAGCCUGGUGGCAACGAUGGUGACAAUGUAGAAAGUGCCCAAUCUACAUCCAACAUGGAUGUUGACAAUGACAGUGAAUAUGGCAAAGAAUAUGAAUUCGAAAAUUCUCAAGAGAUGUCUAUUGAGCCUGAAGAUUCAUAUGUUAUACCAAAAGCACUCUUGGACAUACACCCACGUGAGUUAGAAGUGCGUAAUACUGGUUGUUAUCCAACUCAAUAUUUCCUUGCUCAAGAAAUUGUUGAUAGAAUAAGCUUAAUUAUUGGUCACCCUGUAUAUAGUCAACUUCGUCAUGAAGAUGUCCCUAAAAAUUUGAGUGAUUUUAGUGAUUUUGAUGUUCGUAUAUAUACAGCAAGAUCUGUGAAUUUACGGGAACAAAACAGUAGUCGUUUGUGUGAAAAAGAAUUGGAAUGGUUGAUUUUGGAUGGUGUUUUUGAUCCAGUUAGAAUGAAAGAGCAAUGUGAUGAAAAGGUUCAGAUGUACCAAAAAACUGGUAGAGUAAAGGAUGAUUUUAAUUCAUUCAAGAAACGAUCUGAAGAAAAUCCUAAAACAUUGUUUUUGGUCAUAGCAGAUGAAGCACACUGGGGAACUGAAACAGCCAGUGAGGCAAAGGAGGCAAAUGCCAACCAAACGUACAUCAAUGAAUGGAAAAAUGACAUACAUGGCAAUCUCUUUGUUCUUCAAGUUUCAGCCACUCCAUACAGUGUACUAAGUGAAAAAAGACUUGUCGAUGAUGAACGUUAUAUGACAUUAGAAUCUGGAGAGCAUGUUCUUGAAUCAGAAAAACUAACUAGUGUACCAUCAGGCCCACUCAAAGAUCUGCAUUAUGUAACCUGGGCACAAGGUACUAUUAAUCGAUUAGAACAAGGUCUUCGCACAUCCCUAAAAGUUGCUAAAAAAAGUAGUGAAAAUGAUCCUGCCAGACAAGUCAUCUUAGAGGUAGUCAAUGAUAAGCUUGUCAGAAGUCAAACAGGUCAUCCAAGUGAAUUAUGUAUUCAAGGAAAACAUAGUAUUGUAACUAUAACACAUGACAACAAAGCCCUUGUUUUGGUUAGUGACCCCAAUGGUGGAAAACUAAAAUUUAUAGCAGAGGACAAAUUCAAUGAGAACAUUGUCACCAAUCAGUUCAUUGUACAUUUUGAUUAUGGUGAAGAUGUUUUUCAAAUUUCUACACCCCUACAUCUUCCUGGCUUCCCAUCUUCCUUUCAAAAUAAACUAUUGAAAUAUGAAAAUCGGGAAAUCGUGUUAGGUCAAGAGUACUCACCAAGUAAAUCUAUUCUGGGUGGAAGGCUUGGUGUCAAGAAGACAAGGGAUCUUGAUUCCUUCUUUAUCAUAGACACGUGUCAACCCGCUCAGCUUGUUGAAUCAGCACCAGAAACCAAAAGAUACAAAUCGUUGAGUUACAUUUUCAACAGCAUGAGGAAUGAACGGAAAGAAGAUCAGCUUAUCAGAUAUGAUGAUGGGUUUGCUGACCUUGUUGCAGAAAUGAAGACCAAGCUUAAGUCAAAACUAAGCAUAGAAUCAAAUCAUGGUGAAUUUACACUUGCAGCAGAUUAUUCCUAUUAUGUUCUCAUCACAGAAAGUCUUAGACACCUGUUGAAAAAGAUGAGGAAUCAUAAGGAUGCAUACAUCCCAAAAAUGAAAUUGCUGAAAUGGGCUCGAAAAUACCAAGAAGAAAGAGACUCUAACUUCCAUGGUUUCAUACCUGCCCUGCCACUUAGAGGGGCAACUAGGCAUGUUUUCAAAGCAGUGACAGAAGCAAAGUUUAAAAUGUCAGAGGUGGGAAUCUUGAAGAAGAUAAUAUACAUGGAAUGUCCUGCCUCUGUUGGUCAAAUAGCUCAGAAAGGUACAGUGAAUAAAGAUACGAUUACAGCUCAAAUAAAGGCUCAAAUAAAAGAAGAACAAGAAACAAUUAUUUGUAGCAUCUAUGACAGUUUGCCUGAGAACAUUGCAAAGAAGUCUCUCCUGGAUGAAUAUGCCAAAUGUCUAUCUGAUUCUGAAACAUUAAAGAUAGUUGAUGAUUUAAUACCAGAUCAGGAAGCUAUGAAAGAUGGUCUCCAAGGCAAAAUGAAAAUAAUCCGGUCAUCACAACGUGCAUAUGCUGAUAUUAUUUAUACCAUGCUUUCCUCAGCUAGGCUUCAUUCUGGAGGGACAAAAGACACAUACAUGUUUGAAAUCUUGAGAGAUUAUGGAAAAUUCAAAGUUAAAAAUAUAAAUGCAGAUUUUGAUGAAAGUACGUUCCUGCACCGUAUCAAGCACACUCUCCAAACCAGAGUUUGCCAGUACACAGACAAGAAAACACGAGAAAGAUGUCCCUGUGAGAAUCUAAAAUUUAAUGAAAAAAACAAUCUAAUCUGUGCAAACUGCAGCCAUAGACAUAAGUCCAUUGAGAAAUACACCGAUCUUGAUAAUCUACCGUGCAUCCUCAUACUGGUAGAUAAUGGCAGAAUGGGAGAUACAUUUCCCCAAAGUUUUAAUACAAUGGACCUCAGACUUCAAUUCCAGGAAAGUGGAUCUACACUUACAUCUGUAGUACAACAGCUUGGCCGCUUGUGUCGAUAUUCAGACAAACCCAACAGCAAUAUGCCAUAUGCCCUGAUAGGGAAAGAAUUGUAUGAUAAAUUCCAAAAAGCAUUAGAUAAAAGCCCUGUAUAUUAUGGUUAUACAAAUGACUACAGAAGUCUAAUUGAUACUAGAGUAACUUCAUCUGGACAAAGCAAAGGAUAUCAAAAAAGUGAAGAUACAGAAAAACAUCACAACAGGAUCUUACUUGAUGCGGAGCCUCAAAUUGGCAAGACAGGUGUUUUUUUGGAGGUGAUAUGUCUUCUUUGGAAAAUAAUCAAGAAUAAUAUCUCACCUGUCAAAGCCAUUGAGCAAGAGUCUGUGACAUUCAGCAGUGACGAAGAUGAAGAAGAUGAUAUUGGAGAUGAAAUUGAUGACAUAGCUGCAGGGAAAGAGAAAGAUGACCAAUACUGGUCUUAUCCUUAUUGGAGAAAUCUUAAGCCUGGUAAACUCUAUGAUAAAGAAGCAACCACCAAAGUUUCCAAGUAUUCUAGGAUAUAUGGGCCAUAUAAAUAUGGUAAAAAGCCCUCAAAUAUGAUGCCAAGUAACCCAACAAAAAAUAAGAAAAAAACAGUAGGAAAAAGGACAGGCAAAUACUCAGCCAUGACUUACCAGCAUACAUGCACUAAUUGUCGAGUUGAAGGCAUGAACUGCAGUGAAAGAACCAUUACUGUCAAUGGACAACAGAUAACCAUAUCGAUCCCAAAUCAUGAGAAUUAUCAGAGGGUCGUAAAUGUUUUAGAGAGGAAAAGAUGUGUGUUCUCUACCUCUGAUACUGAUAUCAAUUCAUGGAUAUUCACUCCAACAUAUGGCAGGCCAACGACUGGCACCCUCAACUACUGCAGAACAAUGGUCCAGGCUAACAAAGAUCCCAACAUAAGGGAUACACCUUCAAACUACAUACAUGUCCUGGUGGUGAGGCCUUUAGAGUAUGAUGAAUACUGUGUUUAUUGGAAAAACACACAUGUUAUUCUGAAGCUUCCUGAAACAUUGAGUGAUGUCGAGGAAGAUGUUUAUGAAGGAGGGGUUGGGUUCGCACGUCGGUUUAUUCAGAUGUUCUCAGAGGAGUUUCACCUAGAUACCAUAUUUAUGGUUGAUGAUAAUGUGUCCUUCUUCAAAACUGCUAAACUAAUUGAAGGUACUUCACAAGUUGAAAGAAAAGAUGGGCAUUUAGAGAUGGAAGUCACGCCACUGUUUCAUAUAUUAAAACACUAUGAACAGUUGGGUUCCAAAACAAAGUCUUUACCUUGCCCUCCACACAACUUCACACCUCAUCAAUCAUCCCCCGAUGGCUCUAUUCAAAGCUACACUGGGGAAAUGUCCUCAUUUGGAAUAGUUGGUAUGAUGAAAUACCAAAAGGGGAGUUUGAAUGUAAAAAAUCCAUUUCAUACAACUCAUGUGUUUUCUGUUGUCUUUGUCAACAUUAAGGCACUACAUGAGAGGAACAUCAAGUACAAAGCUUGGCAAGUAUUUGAAGACCUGAAUAUCAACAAUGAUGUUGACAAUGCAGGGCUUCAUGUUGUGAAGUUCAACAGAUUCUUAAUGCUGAAAAGAAACCUGAAAUCUUGGUACGCUGACAUGUGCACAUACAAAGUCAAUCAGUUCCAUAUAGAUACGGAGCUUCCAGAAGCGUUCGGUUGGAGUGAUAGAUUAUUUCACUGGAUCAGAGCAAAUUGUAGACCCAAUCAAUCAAUGAUCAUAAACAGCGCUGGUACGGAGGAUGCAAAUGUGAAUAACUUGCAGGUUAGAGAAAUCUUGAAAAACUUGGAACAGUAUAAAAAGAAGGACUCCCAAAAGGGAAAUACACUGAUCACAUUAAAUUUGGAGGCAGAAGUCACAGAUUGUGUAGUUGACAGACUGAAAGCGGAGAUAGAGAAAUCCAAGUUGAUUUUGUUGAUAAUCAGGCCUCAAGAGAUAAAACGAUGUCUGGCUCAUCCAGAUACCAAUGAGGAUGAAUGUCUCAUAGUCAGUACCCACAAUAUAUUAGAAUUCAAUGUUCCUUAUGUGAUUCUUCGCAUUGAAAGGAGUUCUAAACAUCAGGUAAUGGCAGAUAAACAAGUAUCAUCUUCUAGUAGGUCAGUUGCAAGUGUGUCAGAGAGUCCAAACUCUAGAAAUCAAAAUCUCAAAUCUCAAGAUGAAAAUAGUCAACAAAUAGUUGGAACAAGUAGCAUAAAUGUUGAUAACAAUGAUGGUGGUCAGAUACCCCUAGAACCCACACAACAUUCACAAACUCAAAACAAGCUGAACAUCAUAGAAACAAUGGAAACAUUGUUAGCUGAGAAUAAAGAAAUCAAAGCUGAGAACAAAGAAAUGAAGGAAGCUUUAAAGAGAGUGGAAGAAAAGAAUUCAAAGUUGAUGGCUAAGAGUAUCAAAAAUGAAUCAGUUAUAGCAAGGUUACUGACCAGAUUAGAAACAUUGGAAAACACUCUUGGAACCAAAUAAAGGUAAUCACAUUGCAAGAUGUUCACAAAAGGUUUUGUCAUUAGUUUUUUGGAUCUUAAAGAGAUUGAGUCGUCCAGAUUUCUAUUCUGGACAAUCAGUAAUGUCCCAAUAUAAUUGCUCAUAAACCAUCAUAUAUACCUUAGAUAUAUCUUGAGACCAAACAUAAGCACGAUAUCGACAAUAUAUUGAGGAUAUCAACAGGACAACCAAAAGAACAACCAACUGUCAGAAUUGAACGCAAUAAGUCGAAAACAGAAUACAAUGUUUUUUGGGGAUUUAUCUAUAUUGUAACCCCUUAGAAGUAAUAAAUAUGGCUUCUCUAAGCCAAAUUAAUCUGAAGGAAAAAGCCAAUCAGACUGGAACAAAUUUGAGUGGGCUUUUUAAAUUUGAAUUUGAAUUUCUAUUGAUGUAAGUGGAAAUUCAUGGCUAGGAACAAUCAUCGAAUUGAUACUAUUAUACUGUUAACGAAUUAAUUCAAGCCUCAGAAUUGAUAAGUUGAUAAACAAACUUGUUUUACAUCAAAUAAC